AGCUACGCAAAACAAGGAAAUGAUAUGGAGGGUGCUGAUUCGGGACAACAACGUCCCACUAAAAAAUUAAAAUGGACAUUUUAUCAUGUCACCAUUUUUAUUCUUACUUUUAUGAGCUAUGCCUUUUUUCAUGCCACCAGGAAGACAUUUAGUAAUGUGAAGGACAGCCUCACUCAAGUGUGGACACCACAGUGCCACAAUGCUACCAUCAGAGAAACUAAACCUGAUCAUAUCUGGAAUGACCACAAAAUGUUUGCCAAUAAAGAUGAUGCAGAAUAUUUCUUGGGAGCUCUUGACACUGCAUUUAUGGUGGCUUAUGCUGUGGGACUCUACUUUAGUGGACCACUAGGUGACAGAUUAAACAUGCGCUAUGUACUCUCCUUUGGAAUGUGUUCUUCAGCUCUUCUAGUAUUUCUGUUUGGCACGGUGACAGAAUGGGUCCAGUUCUACAACAUAUACUUCUACAUGGCAGUGUGGAUACUGAAUGGUUUGCUACAGUCCAGUGGCUGGCCCACUGUGGUGGCUAUCAUGGGGAACUGGUUUGGAAAGUCUAGUCGCGGUGUGGUGUUUGGUAUCUGGAGUGCCUGUGCAUCAGUUGGAAACAUAAUUGGGACUCUUCUCAGUGCUGCUGUCCUCCCCUUUGGAUAUGAGUAUCCAUUCCUGGUAACAUCUGCUGUUCUAUUUGCUGGAGGCGUGGUGGUAUUCUUUGGAUUGAUUCCAUCUCCAAGAGAGAUAGGGAUGCCAGAGGCAGAUGAGGAGGAGGAGGAGGAUAAAACUGGUGCUGGUGUCACAACCCCACUUUUGGUGGAUGAAGUGAAUGGAGAUGGUCCUAAUACAGAAGACCACAAGGAGAGGGCUGAGGCUAUUGGGUUCAUUCAGGCCAUUCUGCUGCCAGGGGUCAUUCCGUAUUCCCUAUCCUAUGCUUGCUUGAAGUUGGUGAACUACUCUUUCUUCUUCUGGCUGCCAUUUUACCUGGCAGUCCAUUUCAAUUGGCCGGAUACCACAGCAGACGACCUGUCAAUCUGGUAUGAUGUGGGCGGGAUUAUAGCAGGAAUUGUGGGAGGAUUGAUUUCAGAUAUAAUGAAGAAGAGAUCACCAGUAGUUGUUUUUAUGUUAAUACUAGCACUGCCAUCUUUGUUCAUUUAUAGUAAAUCACCAAAAGAUCUGUAUUGGAAUGGUUUCUUAAUGGGCGUGACUGGUUUCUUCAUAGGAGGACCUGCAAAUUUAAUAAGCUCAGCCAUAUCAGCAGAUUUAGGUCGUCAGGGCCCAGUGCAAGGCAACAAGGAGGCCCUAGCAACAGUGGCUGGGAUUGUAGAUGGCACUGGUAGUGUUGGAGCUGCCAUUGGACAGAUUUUGGUUCCUGUAAUCCAAGUUCACACCAGCUGGCAGUGGGUGUUUUAUUUCUUUAUUGUCAUGACUGCUUUGACGGUUGUCUGCAUUUUACCACUAUUGAAGAAUGAGAUUAUGAGCAUGAGAUGUUGUCAGCAACGUAGAGGUGCAUUAGUAGUUAAUGUUAAUCCAGAUUAAUAUGAUAUUUACAUGAAGACCAAAUUCACAUUAGCAUACUGAAAAAAUAUCCCAUUUCAUAAGUGAUAUCAGAAAAUGAAGAUCUGAAAUUUCCGAAAAGUAUUUUUCAGACAUGCAAGAUUUUUUUAGGUUUUUGACUUAGUUUAAUUUAAGCAUUUUAUUUAAAUUCCAAUGUUAUUAAUGUUUCAAGUACAACUUCAACCCACUGGAUUGCAGUCUUAUCAAUUAAUUAUUUUAAAGAAAUUAGAAGUUGAUGAAUUUUAAAAAUGUGAACAUUGCAAUAAGUAAAGGCGGUUUUAAGUCUCAUUGAUAUAAGUUACAGAUUUGACUGAUAAUGUAAUACAGACUUUCAGUUAUAGAUCGGUUUUAACAGUAUUUUUAUUUAUACAUUUUAAAUAAGAAAAUUAGCUCAGAAAGAAGCUUUUUUUUUCAUUUCAUAGUUAAUUUUAAUAUCAGGCAGUUCUAAGUAUUUACUAUGCUGACACCUACAGUCAUCAUGCAAUGUAGAAACCUCUUUUGUGUUCUUCAUUUUAAAAUUUUCUAGUUUAUUCAAUGGCAAUACUGCCAAUUAAAAUUGCUAUCAAAAUUGCUUACCAAAUGUGUUCAGAAGGAACAUAGAUUUUCUGCAUAUUAGAUUUCUUUUUCACUGUUUUUCAAUGUUUUGCACUGAAAGCUUCUAGUCAUCUACAUGCACAAAACUUUUUACUUCUACGUAUUUAUUUAUAUAUAUGUUCUUAAAUAAAUUGAUUGUAUGGUAUGUAUAUAUGUGUGUAUCAAAAAGGAAAUGUUUUUAUAUACAAUGUAUUGUAUUUUGCUGGGAAAUGGUAAUAUUUCAUGAUUGAACAAAAGGUGAAAAUAAAUCAGUUUUAUAAUGUUUAUUGCACAAUCUUAAACAAUCAAAUGAUCUCAGUAAGUAAAAAGAAAGUGGAGCUGGGGAGCUGUGAUGUUUAACCCAUGGGAACUCUAAUGAUCAGUGAGUCUAUUGGCUUGAGCAACAAUUUAAAACAAUAUUUAGACAACCAUAUAGUUUUAGAAUGCCUGAUUUGACAUAUGAAGAAAUUCAAAUGGAAUCUUGUAUAAUUUGCUGUUAAAAUGAGAUAAAUUCUCUUUCACAAACAAAUCUAUGCUUACAGUCACAUAUCAAUGAAAUCCUAAAUUAUAUUUUUAAAUAAUAGUCAAUUAUGCUACAUUUAGACCAGGUUUUGUAUAUUUUUCAAACUGAAAAUAAAUAAAGCAAAAUAAUGAGAAACAAUGCCCAUGACCAUCAGGAGGCCUUAGAUCAAUAGUUUUUACAUUUUGUGUUCAAAUUUUUUUUUCUAAAGAUCUAAACACUUUACUAAACCUGGAGAGAAAAAACAAGUACUAAUAAUUAUCUUCAAAAUGUUGCUUUGAUUUCAAUUUACUUUGGUGUCAAAGUAAAUCCUUAAUUGUUGAACUUUAUUAAAAAUAAUUUAACAGAAUCCAUAAUGAGAUACGAAACUUGCUCCCCUCCCCUUCAGCUCUAGGAAUGUCUCAAAAA